GUUUGUCACUGUCAAAGUUGUCAAAAAAUAAACGGACUCGAAGACCGCGGCACGGUUUUGUUUUCGAUAAAAAAGUACAGUUUUAGCCGUUGUAAUAUCAUAGUAUUGAUUAUAAAACUUAUGGUGCUAACUCAUAUAUAAGGGAAAUGUUUUCUACGAGCUCCCAGAGAAAAUUUUGGACAUUUGGUGACGAAAAUGAGUUGGUGUGUCUUCGUGAGAAACACAAUCUACAGUACAUUUUAAAACAUGGGGCUCACAUAGAUGAAUAUCAGCGGUACAAUUUCUUCCUCACUCCAGACGAAGAGAGGUGGCUCUUGAAGCAAUACGAGCUCCAUCUCAGGGAUUUCUGUAAAAGGUUCACCCCUCCAAUGCCAAAAGGCGUAGUUGGUACAGCUUUUCAUUACUUCAAGCGCUUUUACCUGUACAACUCUUCCAUGGACUAUCACCCUAAAGAAAUUCUAGCGACAUGUGUUUAUUUAGCCUGCAAAGUGGAAGAAUUUAAUGUGUCUAUUGGGCAGUUCGUAGCAAACAUAAAGGGUGACAGAGAGAAGGCUUCAGACAUUAUUUUGAACAAUGAGUUACUGCUAAUGCAACAACUGAACUAUCAUUUGACAAUACAUAACCCAUUCAGGCCCGUGGAAGGCUUCCUCAUUGACAUCAAGACACGCUGCACCUUAUCAAACCCUGAACGCUUACGAGGCGGUAUUGACGAGUUUCUCGAAAAGGUAUUUCUGACUGAUGCAUGCCUGUUGUAUGCGCCAUCUCAAAUUGCAUUGGCGGCUGUGCUCCAUGCAGCGAGUAAAGAGCAAGAAAACUUGGACAGUUACGUCACAGAGAUGUUAUUUAGAGAUGCUGGAUCAGAUAAAUUAGCAAUUUUAAUCGAAGCUGUACGUAAAAUACGUUCCAUGGUGAAGAUGGUGGAGAGUCCAGCGAGGGAGCGUGUUAGAAUAAUCGAGAAGAAGUUAGAUAGAUGUCGCAACCAGGAGAACAAUCCGGACAGUGAAAUAUACAAAAGGAGAAUGAAGGAAGCCUUGGACGAAGAUGACCUCCCAUACACUUCGUCAAACAACAGAAUGUCGUUGGACACUAGUGGGAUAUCUCAAGUAUCGUCUUAAAAUUAGUGUAAGGAACUUGUAACAUUUAUAUGACAUAAUAAAUAGACUAUAUUUUCAUA